AUGAUUAUCCCUGUUCAACCUACGAAACCAUUCUCUAAAUUUUCUCCAGAUGAAACAUAUUCCGUUUCUUCACUUCAUGAAAAUCCUCGUGUAGGCAAUGGUCUUAUCUCACACCAAGUUCAUCCUCAACAAAAACUAACCGUUAUGGAACUAUUGACUGAACAUCAAUUGAAUAGCAUAUCAAGAUUAUCUCAUACACCUCAUCAUAUUGAAGAAGAACAAAUAUGUCUCCCUGAUUUAUCCUAUUCUGACUUAAACGAUAUUCAAAAAGCUAAACUAGUUACACUUAUUAAACAAUAUCCACAAGUUUUCACCGAGAAACUUGGUCGGACUCAUCUUGUUAAACACGUAAUCGAACUUCAACCAGGAAUAGAAUCCGCAAACACUCAACCAUAUCGUCUCCCCCCAUCUAAAAAAGCUAUAGUCGAUCAACAACUAGAAGAGAUGCUCCAAGCUGGUCAUACUAUUCCUUCAUAUAGUCCUUGGGCAUCUCCAAUCGUAUUAUCCCCUAAAAAAGAUGGUACACUCAGAUUUUGUGUUGAUUAUCGAAAGUUGAAUGCUAAUACAAUUCGUACAGCAUAUCCUAUGCCUCAAGUUGACGAUACCCUUGAUUCACUCAGGGAAGCAGCGUUUAUUACUCAUCGCGGCCCCUAUGAAUUUUUAGUCAUGCCUUUUGGACUGUCUAAUGCUCCUGCCACAUUUCAGAGAUUAAUGGAUCUUAUCUUAGCUGGAAUAAAAUGGCAGUCAUGUCUUGUCUAUAUAGAUGAUAUUGUCGUAUUGUCUUCCACAUUUGAACAACAUCUUAAAGAUUUAUCCUCUGUCUUUGAUCGACAUAUUAUUACUCCUGACGGUAUUAAACCUGAUCCCGGUCUAAUCGACUCCGUGAAACUUUUUCCUCAACCUACACGAUUAAAAGAUAUUCAAUCAUUUUUAGGCUUAACUGGAUACUACAGAAAAUUUAUAAAAGAUUACGCUAAAAUACGUUCUCAUCAAAAAUCUAAACGUCCACCAAAUAACAUAGAAUGGUCUGUUGAAUGUACUAUAGCCUUUGAACGAUUAAAAACUGCACUUACUCAGGCUCCUAUACUUCGAGCUCCAAAUUUUAAUGAACCUUUCAUUUUGGAAACAGAUGCCUGUGAUUAUGGUCUUGGUGCUGUCAUUACUCAAGAAUAUGAUAAUAAAAAAUUUGUUAUUGCUUACGCUAGCCGAACUCAAACAGCAGCUGAGAGAAAUUAUUUUCCUACAAAUAUUUAG